AUGGCAUCUGACGAAGCCAAGCCGCUGAAGGCGACGACCAAGGACGAGUAUGCGCUCGACGUCGAGGUGACGACCGAGGUGACGCCUUGCGCGCGCCAUGAAGCGUCCAAGAUGUUCCACCUCGCGUACCCUGUCUUUUUCGCGUAUUUGCUCGAGACGCUGCCUGGUACGAUCUGCGUCUCGCUCGUCGGCCACAUGGACUCGAGUGACACGAACCUGUACAUCAACGCCGCGUACCUCUCGGCCACUGUGACCAACAUUACCGCGCUCGCGAUCGGGUUUGGCCUCGCGUCGGCCAUGGACACGCUCUGCUCGCAGGCGUAUGGCGCCGGCAAGCUGGAGAAGCUUGGCAUCUACCUUCAGAGCGGUCUCAUCGUCCUCGGCCUCUCCCUGCUGCCGAUCUGGCUCAUGAACCUCCACGCGGACUCGAUCCUGAUUGGCUUCGGCCAGAACCCGGACGUGGCCGUCCUCGCAGGCGACUUUUCACGCAUCACGAUGCUCGGCGUGCCCUUCCUCUUCGUCUACGAGCUCCUCAAGAAGCUCAUGCAAGCCCAGAAUAUUGUGCUCCCGAUGACGUUCAUCGCGUUCCUUGGUGUCGCCGUCAACAUCGCCACGGGCUACUACAUGACGUACUACACGUCGUAUGGGUACCUCGGCGCGGCCAUGGGGCGCGUCGUCGGCAACAUCGCGCUGCCUCUGAGCAUCCUUCCGUACUUGUACUGGAACCAGGACAACACGUCGCUGUGGUGGCCCGGGUUCCAGUGGAAGGAGGCUCUCGACCACGUUUCGCUCUUCCUCUCGCUCGGCUUCCCGUCCAUGGUCAUGCUCGCAGUCUCGUGGUGGGCAUUCUGCUGCCUCGCGUUCCUCGCAGGUCUCCUUCCCAACAGCAUCGAAGCCGUGAGCAUCAACUCGGUGCUCGGCAACCUCCUCACGGCCAGCUUCAUGAUCUUCCUCGGCAUCGCGAUUGCCGCCAACGUUGGCAUUGGCAACUCGCUCGGCGCCAACCAGCCGCGCCGCGCCCAGCUCAUCGCGCGGCUCGCCUUGUACGGCGGGUUUGGCUCGGCCGUGCUCAUGGGGUCGCUCUACAUGCUCUUCCGACACCAACUGCCCCUCCUCUUUAUCAGUGACGAGCUCACGGUCCAAAGCGUCGCCGCGUCCAUCUUCUUCAUGGUGCCGCUGCAGGUCUUUGACGGCCUCAACGGCAUCUGCGAAGGGAUCUUCCGCGGCCAAGGCCGGCAAAAGAUCGCGGCCGUGAUCAACAUUUGCUCGUACUACGGCAUUGGCCUCCCGCUGGCCUACGUUGCUGGCUUUCUCUGGGACUACAACCUCGGCGGCGUCUGGCUCGGCUUCACCGUCGGCUGCGGCACGUGCUUCUUCAUCUUUUACGCCAUGAUCCAGCGCACCGAUUGGGCCCAACUGGCCGCGAUUGCCCGCGCCCGCGUCGCGCUCUAA